GAUAAGGUUUGCCUCCACGCUGGACCGCUCAGAGUAUACACACAAGCAAGCGGUGAGCACACCGGAGACGCUCGGUGGCUGACAGGAAAAGUUAGAGCCGCGAGGCGCUUUUCAUUCACGGACUCAAUAUAAGUCUGGAUACUUUGACAAAAGCUUUGUGAACAGUUUCCACUCAACAUAGAACAACCGGUCGUCGCUUGGUGAAAGAAGUAAGUUCUGAUUCCUGUGUCGAGAAAAGUGCGCUCUCAAAGUUUGGAAGUUUUUACGCACAGAGAGGACGUUUGGAAAUCAGUGUUUUCCUCCUCGGUAACCAGGAAGAAGAGAAGGGGGGACGGAAAGCUGUUUUUGUAGAAGACUGUGUAGCUACAUUCGGUUUUUGUUUUAUUUUUUUCUUCUAUGUAUACCAAGAUGGAAACUACUUUCUAUGACGACUCACUCAACGCUUUCUCCCAGCACGACAACGCCGGCUACGGAUACAGCAACGCCAAAGCGCUGAAACACAACAUGACACUGAACCUCACCGACCCGACGAGCGCUCUGAAACCUCACCUGCGCGCCAAAGCUGGCGACAUCCUCACCUCCCCCGACGUGGGUUUGCUGAAGCUGGCCUCUCCGGAGCUGGAGAGGCUGAUCAUCCAGUCCAGCAACGGACUCAUCACCACCACGCCGACCCCGACUCAGUUCCUGUGCCCCAAGAAUGUCACUGACGAGCAGGAGGGCUUCGCGGAGGGGUUUGUGCGCGCCCUGGCUGAGCUCCACCACCAGAACAUGCCGGGCACAACAAACGUGAGUGUCACCUCGACUCCACCGGCAACUGUCAACACUGCCCUGCCGCCUGUUUCAUCUGUUGCCGGUGCCACCGUAUACAACAACAAUGCUGCCAUGCGCUCUGAGUCGCCGGUUUAUGAGGACUUGAACACUUUCAACCCGGCCAUCAGCACCGUGUCGGCACCAAACUACACCACCUCAGCCCCCACUAUGUCCUUCUCUGCUGCCCCGCCUCAGCUUCCCAUCUACGGCCAGCCUUCCCCUGCCCAGCUCCCCCGGCUCACUGCGCUCAAAGAGGAGCCCCAAACCGUGCCCGAGAUGCCAGGGGAGACCCCUCCUCUUUCUCCAAUCGAUAUGGAGAGUCAGGAGCGCAUCAAGGCUGAGAGAAAGCGGAUGAGGAACCGCAUCGCUGCCUCCAAAUGCCGGAAGAGGAAGCUGGAGCGGAUCUCAAGGCUGGAGGACAAAGUGAAGACCCUAAAGUCACAGAACUCCGAGCUCGCAUCCACCGCCAACAUGUUGCGCGAGCAGGUGGCCCAGCUGAAGCAGAAGGUGAUGAACCACGUAAACAGCGGGUGCCAGCUUAUGUUAACGCAGCAGCUCCAGACCUUCUGAGGUGGUGUCAGCGACAGAGGAGAGAGAGAAAAGACUGUAGUUGAAAGAAUAGGACGCUUCCUGUGGUAGUGAGUGUCUGCGACUCCCGAAAUCGUUCCGGUAUUUGGGAUGAUGUGGCGCGACACUGGCGGGACCGGGGACGGUACCAAACUGAGUGCCACGCGCUCCCCAGUGGCGCGUCCUAGAGAUGGGCUCAGGACUGUGACAAUAGCCAUGAACCAGAAGGGACAUGGCAACAGGCAGAACCCCUUCUGUUUCUGUGUCGUGCUGUUUUUCUUUACAGAACUGGACAGGACUGACGUUUUCUUGAUUUACACCGAGCCCUGCAUGGACUUCAUCAUGACCAUCAAUGGAAAAACUCAGUAUUAGAGGAUUUUUUUUUUUUUUUUAAAUCACACGCAAUACAGACUUUUCUUGCUGUAGCCAUAAUUAAUGGCCUCACUUUUUAGGCGUGUUGGUCAACUCUAAACGGCUGAAAAGUUGCAACAAAUGCUGCCUGACUCAUGAGUUAAAGUACAAAGUACAUUUUUUUCUUAAUUGUAAGAAAUUAAGUUAGAAAAGCUUCAAGAUUUACUUGUUUUUUUCUAAAGCUGUUAAUGGGGUUUCACUCAUUGUUAUAUGUAUAUAAGAUCAACUUGGAGUACUUAUGUUUACCAUUUGUAAUAAGAAUACUGUAUAAUUUUUUAUGUUUGUUUUCUGAGCACUUAAGAAAUUAAUCAAUAUUUAAGAAAAUAAACCUGAUAAAAUGAA